UUCUGGGGACGCCAGAGACUUAUAUUAUAUCUUGUGAAAAAGGGGAUAGUAGGUCCCCUUUAAAGUGUGGGCAGAGGGAGAGCUGAUUCUAAUGAGGCCCACUGCUUCAAUCCCCCUUCAGGCCUUUCAGUACAUGGGAAGGCUUUUGUUGGCUGACACAAUUCACUGUUUUUAGUUGCCAAGCAAGACCGAGUCGGAAUUCCUCUCGCCUCUGCGUCUGGACUAUAGCAGAUUUCAACCAUUUUCAUCAAAAUGAAAAACAAUAUCUUGUGCUUUCUUGGUCUGUCCAUUUUCGGAAUAGUGUCAGGUGACAGUUGCUCCCUAGAGAUCUCUCCCUCCAGAGUAGUGGUGAAAUUUGGGGAUCCGGUGUCGGUCAGCUGUGUGGCCUCUCGUCCAGUACGUGUGCUGGGAUGGGAAUCGGUCAUUGCCGCAUCACACACUCAGCGUGACCUCAGCGUUCAGUGGCAGGUAGACAGUUUGACUGACUGGAUUGAGGAGCCAAUCUGCUAUGGUGUUUUUUUCACUGCACCCAGGCAGUGUGAGGAAAAACUAAACCUUGUUCUAUACAAGAAACCAGACAGUGUGUCCAUAAGUUUAGUGAAUCACAGCAGUCCAGUGGUGGUAGGAAGAGAGUACCAGCUACAGUGUGAGGUGCAUAACGUUGCACCUGUUCAGUACCUUGUUUUAAGAUGGUACCGAGGACAAACCGAGGUUUACAACCACUCAUUCUCAGAGUUAUCCCCUGCGACACCAGUCCAGGUGUCGUCCAUCUUGCUGAUUGUCCCAAACAGAGCUGAUGAUGGAGCUCAGUACAGGUGUGAAGCAGAGCUGAAACUGGGAGCAGAAGGACCUCAACCUUCUCCAACAGUUCAGUCUGAAGUUCUCAACCUUGCUGUUCAAUACCCGCCUGACUUCCGCAGUCCAGAGGAAGAGAUAGUGGACAUCAGUGAAGAUAGUGAAAUGGUACUGGAUUGUACUGCGGAGGGUAACCCGCCUCCUGUGUAUAUCUGGACCUCCUCAAACCUUCAGGAAAAGGCUGAUCAGCCUGUUUUGACAACUGCAUCUUUGAGCCCAGGGGUGUAUACGUGCACUGCGUCUAAUAUCCUCGGAAAAAAGAGCAAACAGUUUGUCAUCAAACACAAAUCCAAAGGUGUUUAAGCCCAGAGACCUUGAGAAUGAACCGAAGACAUACAGCUGUAGAUGAUACGGACAGGACAUUCUGAACGUGGGAGAUCAAAAUCUAGUUACAUUUUUAGAUAUAUAUGUUACAUUUUAGGGGACUCUCUUUUCAGGGGUUAUGAUUUGUUAAAUAUGAGAGUCAAACCUACAUACAGUAUGUGUAAAAUCUAUCCUAGUUAGCAUUAUUAAUGUUUUGCGUAAGAUAAUUUUUUUAACAGAGCAUUUGUAUGUUCCAUGACACAUUGUGAUGGCUCUUACAUUUUAAUGUUUUUUUGUCGAUAUUUACUCACCCAAUAAUAAAUAAACUUGUGAAUACAAUA